CUCCUAUCUCAACGCACCACCCCCAAACGUUCAGCCCAACGCACGUAACGGCUGCCUCCAAGGGAUUUCUCACACGGUAGCGUUCUCUCUGCCUCUCUCGAAUUCUUUUCCCCCAAUUUGUCUCCUUCCUCCGUUGCCGAGAACCACCACCUCACAGCCUGCCGCGAUCUGCAGUGGAGCCAUCGAGUAGACACCUAGCACUGCCUAGCCCAUUUUCCCCUCCCCUCCACACACAGCCAGCCACUAUCUUCACCUCAAGCCGCUGUGAGCACCAGCAAGGAGUAGAAAGCAGCGGCAGCAGCAGCCCCAACCAAAAUCGAGAGCCCUCCGUUUCCGCAACCCACCUCAGCUGUCCUUUCAUCCGCCGCAGCACCACCAGCAGUAGCGGAUUCAAGUUUCCUACCAGCCACGUCCAAUCGCAAGAAUUCUCCGAGUUCAGGCACCGAAGGCCAAAACGGAGUACCAAAUCAGCCCCUUCCGUCGCUUACACCACCGUUGUCUCCUCCUCAACGCCGUGAACCAGCCGAAAUAGAGCAAGUUUCCUUGCUCCUCAACUCAGCCACCACUGCCUCCACCGAGAACCACCGUUCUUGUGCUCCAUCCAACAAAUCCUCCUUACGACAGCAUCCAAACACAAUUCUCUGCUGCCGGUUUGCAGUGAACCCCAGUCGCCGCCAUCCCUCUUGAACCCUAGAAAAUAGCUGUUACAGUCAAGACCACUAACAACAAAUGAAGCGGGUCUUCAAGAUCUCAGACGCUGCCCAAGCAGAGCUAUUUUGCUUCGCAAAGCCGAAAACUCUUACCUCCUCACCAUUCAUCUUCACCCUUACCAAGUCCUCUAAUCACCAACUCAAGACACGAGACCUCAAUGUCCAAACCCAAUAUCCCUCCAAACCCAACUUCUAUAGCAUUGUCAGCUUGUUCUGGGACAAAUUCUGCCCCUCUGAUUCCCGAGCCCGGGAGGAUUUGAGAAACAAGGUGACGCAGUUGAGAGUCGAAUUGGUUAUGAAUUUCGAAGACACUGAUAAGAUUGCAAGUGUUUUGAAGGAGAAGGGGACUCUUUUUCGAAGUUAUUCCGAUGGCUCCGCUUGCGUUGAGCUUUUGAAGCAGCUGGGUUCGUGGCCUCACCUAGCCCUAGAGGUUUUUAAUUGGAGGAGAAAACAGGCAGAUUCUGGCCUUCCCAUGACUUCUGAGGAGUAUGCUAAGGGUAUCACAGUUGCUGGUAGAAUUAAGGAUGUUGGUCUGGCAGUUGAGCUGUUUACUGAGGCUACCAACAAGCGAAUCACGACAACAUCUACUUAUAAUGCACUUAUGGGUGCUUAUAUGUUCAAUGGCCUUGCUUAUAAAUGUCAGUCAUUGUUUCAGGACCUGAAGAGGGAAGCAGUUUUUGGUCCUACUAUUGUAACAUAUAACAUUCUUAUUUCUGUGUUUGGUCGUUUGAUGCUAAUUGAUCACAUGGAGGCAACUUUUCGAGAAAUAAAGGAUUCAAAUCUCUACCCUAACAGAAGCACAUACAACAAUUUAAUUGCUGGAUAUGUUACGGCUUGGAUGUGGGAUAGUAUGCAACAAACUUAUGAGAUGAUGAACAUCAGCCCUGUUGAUCCUGACAUUAACACCUACUUGCUAAUGCUUCGGGGAUAUGCACAUUCAGGUAAUUUAGAAAAGAUGGAGGAAACAUAUGCAUUGGUAAAGCAUCAUGUUAAUGACGAAAACAUUCCAUUAAUCAGAGCCAUGAUAUGUGCAUAUUGUAGGAGUUCUGCAACAGAUAGAGUCAAAAAGAUUGAAUUGCUAAUGAAGCUCAUUCCGGAGGAGGAGUAUAGGCCAUGGUUGAAUGUGAUGUUGAUUAGGGUUUUUGCUCAAGAAGAUUUGUUGGAGGAGAUGGAGAACUCAAUAGAUGAGGCAUUUGAGCACAAAACCUCUGUAACAACAGUGGGUGUGAUGCGGUCCAUUGUUGCGAGUUAUUUUCGGUGUAAUGCAGUGGAUAGGCUUACUAAAUUUGUGAGGCGUGCAGAAUCUGCUGGCUGGAGAAUCUGUCGGUCCUUGUAUCAUUGUAAGAUGGUGAUGUAUGCAUCACAGAGGCGCUUGCUGGCAAUGGAGAGUGUCUUGAAUGAGAUGGAUAAUGUUAACCUUGAUCGCACGAAGAAGACAUUUUGGAUAAUGUACAAGGCCUACUCUAUGUGUGAUAAAAAACACAAGGUCGAGCAAGUAUUAGGAUUGAUGUGUAAGCACGGUUAUGAAAUUCCUUUGCAUGCAUUUCCGUCGUAACUUAUCUUUCAACAGCAGCAUAUUAGAUGCCAGAAUUGUAAAAAACAAUUGAUUGUUGUGAUAGAUUCACUGCACCUGUGUGAUGGGAUUUAAAGUUCAACUAAUUCAAAGGGAAGCCACAUUAGAAUAUACAAUGUGGAUAGAGGAUGGACAGUUCAGAAGAACAUUCUUGCCAAAAAUUUUACGAUGGACAGUUACCGAUACAUCACUUUCUCCUGAUCACCGCCAUCUUGUUAGUUCCUGUCUUUUGGCCCGUCUAUUUAAAAGCCAUGUUUAUAUAUAUUUACACUUCCUAAAUUUGUGAUGCUAGGGGUCUGGCCUCUUAAAGGAACUACCCAGAUCUGGAAUGUGUAGGUCUAUUGAACAUAUGUACACUACUUUUUGCGGUUUUGGAACAGUAUCCUCUUUCAUAUGAAGAGAGGAUACUGUUGAGUAAAAGUUGACUUAAAGGACAUCAACCCCAAGAAACGAAUUUCAGGGAGUAAAUGGAUGAAACUGUUAAAGAUAUCA